AUGUUAUUGUUUCAUUACAACUAUGAUAUGUCUCUAGAGGAAAGCGACGACGACCAGGACAAUGAAGAAAGUGGUGAUGACGAGGAUGUGAGCGACGAAGAUGAGUUUACUGAGGCAAGUGACGAUGAAGAGUCUAUGGAGGAAACUGAUGAUGAUGAAACCGAUGCAAGUAGUAAUGAUAAUGAUGAUGAUACUGCUAAUGAUGAGGGUAAGGAGGGUUAUCGAGGGCCACCGACUCGGUGUUCUCCUCCGGUCUUCGCGGGGGCCAUCAGCGUCGCGGGAGAAGAGGACGUAGCUGUCGAGGAUAUCAUCAUGGCGCCAGAGAUCCGGGGACAACGGGAGGAAGGGGCAGGUGAAGUCGACGAUGUCAUGUUCGGCAGCGGAGCAAGGGUAGGGCAGCUACACGGGGAUGAAGCUGCCAUCUAUGUUGAGGAAGCCGAGCAGCGGUGGUGGGUGGUUGACGGCAUGGAUCUGGCGGAGAAAGGAGAGCUCGGUGAUGAUGCGGCGAAAGCUAGCGCGGGUGGUGGCAGUGCAAGCGAGUUCAACGGGGGAAAGGAGGCGAUGCGGAAUGGGUAG